AUGUCCAACGCCGUCCCGUCGCCGCCGCCGCCGGCAUCACAACCACCCGAGCAGAACGCCAGGAUGAGGACCGUAAAGAUCCUCAUGCUACACGGUUACACCCAGUCUGGCCCCCUCUUCCAAGCCAAAACUCGCGCGCUGGAGAAGGUCCUCGCCAAAGCCCUCUCGCCCGUCUCUCUCGCGCCCAGCCUCAUCUACCCCACUGGCCCUGUUCGCCUGCUGCCUCACGACAUUCCAGGCUAUUCACCCCCCAGUGACCCCGAGUCGCAAGACUACCAGCCAGACGCGUGGGCGUGGUGGCGCAAGGACGACGGCUCGGGCGAGUACCUCUACCUGGAGCAAGGCAUGGCCACUGUUGCGGACGCGAUCCGCCAGGCAGGGGGCAUCGACGGCGUAUGCGGGUUCAGCCAAGGCGGCGCGGCGGCAAGUCUGGUCACGGCGGCGCUGGAGCCAGACAGGCCUGUUCCCGAUGGAAAGGCGGGAGAAUGGGUGCGCAGGCUGAGGCAGGCGAAUGGGGGGCUCCCAGCCAAGUUUGUCGCCGUGUAUUCCGGGUUUCGGCCUGUCCCGGCUUCGCUGCAGUUCUUGUAUGAGCCCAAGAUUAAAACGCCCACGUUGCAUUUUCUGGGAAGCUUGGAUACAAUCGUUGACGAGAGCAGAAGCCGGGAACUUGUUGAUCGGUGUGACAAUGUGACGGUUGUUUCCUUCCCGGGGGGGCAUCAUGUUCCCAUCUCCAAGGACAUGGUGAUGCCGUUAGCGGGCUUGGUCAAGGUAUAUGGUGCUGGGGAUCCGGUACUCGAGUUUGAGCUGUGA